AGAGUUGUGUUGGUCUCUGGACCCUACCGGUUCGGUGCGGCCUAGGCAGUGACAACAGCUAGGAUGGCUUCGAAGUCGGGGGACGGUGGGACUGUGUGUGCGUUGGAGUUUGCAGUGCAGAUGAGUUGUCAGAGCUGUGUGGAUGCUGUGCACAAGACCCUGAAAGGGGUGGCAGGUGUCCAGAAUGUGGACGUUCAGUUGGAGAACCAGAUGGUGUUGGUGCAGACGACUCUGCCCAGCCAGGAGGUACAAGCACUCCUGGAAAGCACAGGGAGGCAGGCUGUACUCAAGGGUAUGGGCAGUAGCCAAUUACAGAAUCUGGGAGCAGCAGUGGCCAUUCUGGAGGGCUGUGGCUCCAUACAGGGGGUGGUCCGCUUCCUACAGCUAUCCUCUGAACUCUGCUUGAUUGAGGGAACCAUCGACGGCCUAGAGCCUGGGCUGCAUGGACUCCAUGUGCAUCAGUAUGGGGACCUUACGAGGGACUGCAAUAGCUGUGGGGACCAUUUUAACCCUGAUGGAGCAUCUCAUGGGGGUCCUCAGGACACUGAUCGGCACCGGGGAGAUCUGGGCAAUGUCCGGGCUGAAGCUGGUGGCCGAGCUACCUUCCGGAUAGAGGAUAAACAGCUGAAGGUGUGGGAUGUGAUUGGCCGCAGCCUGGUUAUCGAUGAGGGGGAAGAUGACCUGGGCCGGGGAGGCCAUCCCUUAUCCAAGAUCACAGGGAAUUCUGGGAAGAGGUUGGCCUGUGGCAUCAUUGCACGCUCUGCCGGCCUUUUCCAGAACCCCAAGCAGAUCUGCUCCUGUGAUGGCCUCACUAUCUGGGAGGAGCGAGGCCGGCCCAUUGCCGGUCAAGGCCGAAAGGACUCAGCCCAACCCCCAGCUCACCUCUAAACAGAGCCUCAUGUCAGGUUAUUUGGUCCUCGUAGCUGAACAUCUUCUUGCAGAGGGAGCUGCGGGCCCUUGCUUGUACAGGCCUAAGUACAGGGCAGAUAAGUGCUGUAGCCUGAACAAAUUAAAUUGUUACUUUCAUAUGGCA